UUAUAAAGCGUUUAGUACAGUUCGGUUGUUCAAGCAGCGAACUUCGUCCGCGUUAUUCUUUUCUAAUGUAAUAUUUAUAUUUCUACAAUCUACAAUGUUGCGUUAUUUUGUAGUUUUCUAUGUAUUAUUUGGCUCAUUAUUCGUCGAAGGCAUGUGGUUGGCCCAACCUGGCCCAAAAUAUCCACCGACAAAAGGUGAAGUCUGGCCAAAACCUCAAAUUGAAGUUAAGGAGAAAACAUUUUAUAUUUUUAACCCUUCUCAAUUUAAAGUUAAGAUUCUGGAUCAGACCUGCGCAAUAUUAACGGACGCAAUUGCUCGAUACUCCUAUAUAAUUGAGAAUAAACUUGGGGCAAAAACUCGUGACAUAGAGCCAUUAACACUUCUCAGUCUCUCUACAAACAAUGAUACUUAUUUCAAGGGGCAUCUAAACGAACUGCAAAUUACCCUCACGUCACCGUGUGAAGAGUAUCCUUAUUUGGAUAUGGAUGAAAGCUAUAAUCUUACCGUAUCAUCGAGCGCAAAGCUGAUCAGUUCAUCAAUAUGGGGUGCCGUAAGAGGUCUCGAGACGUUCGCACAACUUUUUUAUCUAUCCGAUGAUCGCAACGAAAUUCAAGUAAAUGAAACCGUGAUAUUUGAUUUUCCACGAUAUAAACAUCGAGGACUGUUAUUAGACACAUCCCGUCACUUUAUUACCCUACCAAACAUCUUAAAAACACUGGAUGCAAUGGCAAUGAAUAAGAUGAAUGUAUUCCAUUGGCACAUAGUGGAUGAUCAGAGUUUUCCUUAUCAAAGUGAACGAUUUCCAGAAUUAAGCGAAAGAGGUGCUUACGACCCGUCAAUGAUCUAUACAAAGGCAGAUAUUGAAAGAGUGAUUGAACAUGCUAGAAAUCGCGGUAUCAGAGUUAUACCGGAAUUUGAUGUUCCUGGACACACUGGUUCUUGGGGUAAUGCAUACGGUGGAAUGCUGACUGAGUGUUACGAAAAUGGGCAAGUUAUAGGAUUUGGUCCUAUGGAUCCGACGAGAAAUACGACUUACAAACUUCUCCGAGAUUUGUUUAAAGAAGUGCAAAAUUUGUUCCCGGAUACGUACUUCCAUGUUGGUGGCGAUGAGGUUGAGUUAGAAUGCUGGCGAUCGAAUCCUAAACUUAUAGAAUACAUGAAAGUUAAUAACCUAACUGCAUCGGACUUGCACGCUCUUUUUAUGAGAAAUGUUAUUCCACUAUUAGCUAAAACAACAAUGCCCAUUGUAUGGCAGGAAGUAUACGAUGAGGGAGUUUCCCUUUCGAGAGUUACGCUUGUACAAGUAUGGAAAUAUAACUGGAUUACUGAAAUGAUAAAUGUAUUGAGAACCGGACAUCGAGUUUUAUUCUCUUCUUCGUGGUACUUAGAUGCUUUGGGCUCCGAGUGGAAAGACUAUUACGCAGCUGAUCCUCGUCAAAUGGUGUUUGAUGUGACGGGUAACGAAACACUUCUAGCAGACAUCGUUGGAGGAGAAGCUUGUAUGUGGGGUGAGAUGGCUGACGACAGAAAUGUUAUUAACAGAGUAUGGCCACGGGCGAGUGCUGUCGCUGAAAGACUCUGGAGCUACCAAGAUAGCAUGAGACGUUACAAGUUAUCGCGCGCCCCUUCCGAAGCAUACCACCGUAUUGAAGAACAUGCAUGCCGUAUGAUACGCCGCGGUAUUGAUGCGCAACCACCUUCGGGACCUGGAUUUUGUGUUGUCUAAGUUAUUUAUCGCACUAUCGUUUGUACGAAAUUUAGAUCGUAAAAUAGUUUUU